GGUCUGUGUUACGCCCCUGCGUUUGCUGUCAGCGCGCACACCGCUCCUCCAGCGGCUCCACACCUCAGAUGGCCUGCUGCAGCGGCUGCUACAACUCGCGGAGGCUAGAAUGUCACCGGUGAUCCUUUGCACGAAGACAACACGGUCGUAAGAACAGAUUUGUGACAUUUAUCCUUUGUGUUAACGCUCACAAUGGCGCUUAAUUGUGCAUCUAUACGGACUCGUUCGUUCGUGUCUGCUCUCACGUUUUUUGUCGCGCUGUGGGGAUUUGCGCUCUCCAUCACCCGCUACUCCAUACCGGAGGAGAUGGAAGAGGGUUCCUUUGUUGCCAAUCUGGCCUCAGAUCUGGGUCUGGACGUUCGCAGUUUGCUGGAGCGCAAUGCGAAGCUCGAUGUCAUUCACAGCAAAAAUUACCUCGACAUUAACAAAGACACGGGGGAGCUGGUCAUCCGCGAGAAGAUGGACCGGGAGAGCAUAUGCAUGACUAAAACCACCUCAUGCUUCCUGAAAAUGGAUGUCAUACUCUCCAAUCCCGUUCGCAUUUUCAACAUCGAGCUGGAGAUCUUGGACAUCAAUGACAACGCGCCCGUUUUUCGUCGGAAGACAAUGCACUUGGACGUUUCUGAGGCAACCCCUCCCGGUGAGAGAUUCUCCCUGACCAACGCGGUGGAUGCGGAUGUGGGGGCGAAUUCAGUCAAGACCUACUAUCUCAGCGAAAGCAAAUACUUCAGCAUUGACAUCCAGACGGGCAGCGACGGCUCCAAAUACGUUGAUCUAGUGCUCAACGGUAAACUGGACAGAGAGGAGCAUGCGAUUCAUAAUUUGAUUUUAACUGCGGUGGAUGGAGGUGUGCCUCCCCGCUCUGGUACAGCCAGCAUAAUUAUUAACGUGCUGGACAUCAAUGAUAAAGCCCCCACGUUCAGUCAGCCCGUUUUUGCUGUCAAUGUUUCGGAGAACUCUCCAGUGGGGACGGUGGUGAUGACAUUAAACGCGACUGAUUUAGAUGAAGGCACAAACGCACAAUUAAUAUACUCGUAUACCUUGUACACCUCGGAGAAGACACAGGAGCUCUUCUCCCUAGAUCCACAAUCAGGCGAGAUCAAAGUGAAGGGGGUGAUCGAUUAUGAAGAGAGUCAGAGUUUUGAGAUGUACAUUCAGGCUCAGGACAGAGGGGCAAACCCGCUGUCAGGACACUGCAAAGUGAUGGUUUACGUCACAGAUCUAAAUGAUAACUACCCAGAGGUGACCAUCAAGUCCCUGAAGAGAUCGGUGACCGAAGAUGUGUCGGUAGGGACACUGAUUGCUGUGGUGAGCGUCAGUGAUAGAGAUUCUGGAGACAAUGGUGCCGUAGACCUCCACCUGAACCAGCAGGAAGCCUUACCCUUUCGUCUGGACAAGUCCUCAGAAGGUUACUUCGAAUUGCUGGUGUCGAAACCGCUGGACCGAGAAGUCAAAGGGAAAUAUGACAUCAAACUAAUAGUGACAGACAGAGGUUUCCCAGCUUUAUCUGAGAAUGAAACCAUCACCUUGGAGAUCCUGGAUGUCAACGACAAUGCCCCCAUGUUCUCUCAGUCCUUCUACACAAUCCAUGUUAUGGAGAACAAUCCACCUGGAGCUUUAUUGACAUCCCUCAGUGCACAUGACCCAGAUUUGAAUGAGAACCAGUACUUGGUUUAUUUCAUAAUGGAGAAAGAGAUAGUUAACAUGUCUAUGUCCAUGCUUUUCUCCAUCAAUCCUGAGAACGGGGAUCUUUAUGGCCUUAAGACCUUUGACUAUGAGAGAGAGAAGGAGUUCCUGUUCCACAUUGAGGCCAGGGACUCUGGGGUCCCUCCUCUGAGCAGCAAUGUGACAGUUCACAUUGUUAUCCUGGACCAAAAUGACAACACUCCCCUCAUUGUAUCACCAUGGCGAGCACACGGCUCAGUUGUUGAGGAGGUCAUACCGAGGUCCACAGAGAAAGGGCACUUGGUGGCCAAAGUGGUUGCUGUUGAUGCAGACUCUGAGCAGAAUGCCAGAGUCACCUACCAGCUACUGCAGAUCAGUGACUCAACUCUCUUCAGCCUGGAUCAGUACAACGGUGAGAUCAGAACGACAAGGAUGUUCAGCUAUAGAGACCCAAGGCAGCAGAGGCUGGUAGUUGUUGCUAAAGACAAUGGACAACCUGCUUUGUCUGCCACUGUUACCAUCAAGAUAUCAACGGUGGAGCAUGCCAUGACCUUCUUAGAGACAACAGAGUUACCAUUAGAAUACGAAGUCUUCACCAACCUAAACCUGUACCUCGUAAUUGGUUUAGGAGCUGUGUCCUUUCUGCUGUUGAUAACCAUCUUGGUUAUUAUCGUCCUCAAAUGUCAAAAGCCAAAGCCAAAGGCCAUCAAGAUGCCCCCAGCCAACAGAAAUAGCCUGAUCAGCCAGAGAAGCUCCACCAUCGCAGAUUCCACCCUGAUCUCCAGUGAUGCCUACUGGUAUAGCUUGUUCCUUGCAGAAACCAGGAAGGGCAAGGUGGUGGUGAGACAACCAAUCAUUCCCAAAGGAGCAGGAUAUUUUGUAUCCAGCAUACCCAGGAGCAUAGGCCCAAGUGAAACCACAGACUCCAGAGCAUCCACACUGGAGUACUCAAAAUGAAAGGAAGUCCAUUCUACAACUGGAGCAGCAGCCAAGAAGAGAGCUACGGUGAUGUAAUCGUCUCUUCCUGGGAGUCUCUGGCUGAAACCUUCCAGGGGCUUGCAAAGAAGAUAAACAGUUUUCUAUUGUCAGUCCCUCUGCUCCAGCUUCUGAUUUCCCCUGUUUCCUUUAAUCCCACACACCAACAAUCAAUCAGUAUUCACCUUAUCCUUCUACCAGUGUGUUUUUUGUUUUGUUUUUUUUUUGUUAAUAUUUUGUUUUUGCUCUUAUGUGUGAAUACUUUCUCUUAAUUAGCAUUUGGACAAACCAUUUUACAGCAGGUUUCUUGAACAUUACUAAAGACUCCCAGUGGAUACAUUUGCCUUUUUUGUCCAGGUUUUACCAUGGGUUGUAGUUUUAGAAGCCAUCAGUUGUCUAAAAUAUACCUAAGUUGCCAUAAAGUUGUUGUUUUAUUAAUGCUGGAGUUUGAAACACGCCUAAUCAUAAAUAUACACACGAAUCAGGGUGAAUAAGCUUCUUCCAUCUGAUGGAUCCAUUAUUGUAGCUGGUUAUAACAUUCAGGCCUGAAACUAGGUGUCUUUUUUGUCCUAUUUUGUAUGGAGAAUCUUUCUGUUUGAUAAGACUCAAACUUUUACCUAGUAAUAAUCAGUGACUCAGUUUUAGGUCUUUUUUUCUAUACAAUGUUGUGGUUAACAAGUUUUGAAUGUCUAAAGAAAAAUUGACAAAAAAGAAUGAAAGAAAACAGGUAAACAUAAAAAAAAAACCCAAACCAAUAGCUUUCCCUUUUUAUUAUUUGAUUGUAGUUCAAAUAUGAGUCGUUUAUUGGGGAGAUAAAACGCUCACCAACAAUAGGUGUGCAAUAGGUGCAAGAUGUGCAUUUCUGGAGAGUAGUUUACAUCCACUCAUCACCAUACCUGAUGUUAUUUAUGGAGUUUUAUUGAUUUAUUUGAACAGUUUGUUUUUGUUUGCUUGUUGUUGUUUUUUUUUGGGGGGGGGGGGGGUCAUCAACGAGAGAUGAUUUGACGAAAGGUUUGACUUUGUUGUGGAUGUUUUCUUAUAAUUUGACUCAAAUAUACUCAUACACACCCACUAAUGUUUUGGGUAAAUGUCCACCAGUAAGAUGCAGAGAAAACAGUAUUUCUGUAGUGAUGAACAAGGUCCUGGAAGUGCCAUAAACAGUACUGGCCACUCUUCUUGGCAUAAAUUGUACAUCUUGCUUAAAAAGGCUGACUACAUACAUAACAUAUUGAUGUUAGUCUGUCAAUCUUAGUUUUGAUAUGUGCUAUGGAUUGUUGUUGGAAGGACAAAAUUGUGUGCAAUGAUCACCAAACCAUCAAAAUCACUGGCAGUGAAACAGACCCUAAUCAUGGUGGUUCCACCACUGUGCUUGACAGUUGUCCCUGUGUUGUUGGGUUUCAAAAGCUUACAUUUACUCCCAACAUUCUCAUUUUUUCAAUAUUAUAAUAAAUUAGUCUCCUUCUAAAGAUUGUAAAAUUUCAGUCGAGCUUGAAGGUGUUAAUUUCGGAGUAUAAUGGAGCUCUCAGAAGAGUUUUGAACCUUUGGUUCUUGACGAUUGUAACUAAUGUCUUUUUACCUGAAAGUUUCAGUUUGUAUAAUAUGGUUAACAUUUGGAAGCAGAUUAGAGUUCAGGUGGGUAAAUUAUCCCAAAAACACAAUAUAACUACAUUGGUAAGACUUUUUUUAAGCUUCUUGAUUGACCUUUUGAAACCCCGAAAUGAAACCGAUUGAAAAUUUGUAGGCAAUACUAAAAAAAAACUUGGUUUGUACCAGAAUAUUAGUGUUGGUGUAUGUAUAUAAUUGAGCUAUUUAUAAUUUUUGUUAUAAUUAUAAUUAUUUUAUCUUUUUUUUGCCCUCUAGGGCAAUGGCAGAGCCUUUCAUAGGCAUGGCCAGACUGAGACCGUAUCACUGAGAGGUGGCCAACAACAGAUCUGUGCGGGAGCCAUUUUGGAGCACAUCAUGCGCAUUUUCCAAAUAGUUCACAAAAAACAGAAAAUAUUUUAUUGAAACAAAAAAAUAUACACCUAUUUUUAUAAAGAUAUUCUGUCCAACCAUCUACUGCUGCCACCGACUGUUUUAGAGGGGAACUGCUUAUUUCAGAGGUGUGCUCUGCCGGUGAGUUACCUCCGCAUGGGAACAACCACCAACGGCUCCAUCCCUGCUGCGUGCAUUAGCAGAAGUCCCAAAUAAAUUUCGGCUCCUAAUUAAUGUGCUAAAUAUUUUUUGAUUUUUUAAAAAUUAUUUAUACCAUUCCAACUUAAAAAAAUACCUGUUCAAAUGCAUCACUAUAAACCAAAAAUGUAUGUCAGUCAAGUUUGUGAUGAUUGCAUGUAAACGUUUAACAGUAACUGUACAUUGCAAUGCAAACUCUCAAGUUUCUAAGCAAAAUCCAAAACUAUUAUACAUUUAUGAACAAUCAGUUCAUCUCUUCCUGUUCAAGUGAGAGAAGCUUGUCGGUGACAAUUACAAAGUUUUGCCAGAGGGAAGAGCUUCAUAAAUGUGUCAUUCGCAAACAGUAAAGCGACUCGACUGAAAAUCAAAUGUUUUAGAAGCUAUUUCCCCAAGUUUUUCCCCAAAAAAACGUAAAAGAAAUGAUUUUAGGAAUUACACAACUGGUAGAAAAAAGAAAGAUGAUAUAUGAGGUCAUGAUCUAAAGUAAAAUAUAAAUAACCAUAAAUAUGUUUAAUAGCCAGAGUAAAACUAUUAAAAAAAAAAGUAAUAAUCUUGGCCAGUGUAUGAUCAGAGGUAGCGGCAAGAUGUUCUUUGAUAAAUAUUAAUGUUUUUUAUAUAUAUUUUAUGUAGUAACUUUUAUUGCUGCUUUUGUGAGCUUCUUAAAGGACAUUUUGUUGCAUAUUUAUAGUGUAGUGCCGUCGUUUUAGUUGUGUACAUGAAUAAAAAAUGGAAUAAGAAAACAUUUUAUGACCUCAAAGGUAGUGCUGCUGCGCCGCCUUCAAGUCCAGGACUUCAAUUUCUCUGUAACAGGAAGCUUAUUAAGAGAGCUAAUUAGGCUGCUAAAUGAUCAAAUGUACUGGCAUGAGUUUAGGGAGGCUGGAUUAGGAGAGGAAAGAGAACAUUGUGUUCAUUAUAGUGACAGUAUUCCUGUAGCGACUCUGCUGACAGUGCAUAAAAUGUAUUAAGCGGAUGACAGCGGUUUGAAUUUGGGAUAUGCACGGAAUCUAAAUGUGAUCCCAUGCAGCACUCCUGCGGAAAUGCAGCGAAGGGGGAAUAUUUCUGGAUGUAUCCGGCUUCACGCUCUGAGUCAGUGAAAUGUUAUCCCCCUCAACCCCCGUUUUUCUCCUUUUUCGUGCUGCUCACCUUUGAAAGCAUCUAGCUGGCUGCUUGUCAGCCUGAACAUGUCGCAUAAUGAGGGUCAAGUGCAUGUUAGAUGUGCAAUCAGUGGCAGAACUGAUUGAUUCCAACAGUGUUAAUGCAGUUAUCGGGUUGCACAUACGAUGAGCUCCUUGCGUGCCUUCUGCCUUGUACAAGAUGACUGUUGACAAAUGAAACAAUAGCAUUUCGUGCACACUAAAAACUGCUGGGUUUUUUAAAAAAAACUAGUCCUCUGUAGAUUAUGGGCUUGAUUUAACACAUUAACUCCAUAACUCAAUAGGUUUGAGUUAUGGGCUUGACUUCAUAUACUGGGUUUUUACCCAGAUUUUUGUUAAUACUACCAAUGUUUUUCUUGAUGGCAUAAACACAAAAAAUAGAAAAAGUAAAAUCUAUAAACGUAUUUCAAACAGAAUCUCAUAACAAUUUAAAGCAGAUUCAAUGAAUAUGGCAAAUUAUUUUGGUCAAAGUAUCAAAUUUCAACACAGCUAGAAGUAGCAUUCAAAAAGAAAAAGCUAUAACAAUAAUUCUAGAUUCAGUGGUGAGGUAACAGGGUCAACCCAGUAUUUUGGUCACAACUCCAAAACAUAGCUAAUUAUAAAAAUUAAUUUAAGUAAAACAAUUAUUAUUUGAACACAUUGCAAAAAAAACAAAACAAAAAAGCAUUCUCUUUUUAUGGUCUUAAAUUGUCUGAUUUAUUUCUGUGGAGGAGAUUCAGUGAAUUCUGAUUUGUUAUUCACAAUGUUGGGCCGUAAAAACAUGACGAGUCUCUUCCUGGUGUCUACUGACACCCAACAGUCGCAAAUUUUAAACUGAUGUGAACAUGACCCAACUUCUGUCCCAGCAGAAUAAACCCAUAAAAGAAAAUAACCCAGCAGUUUUUUUUUUCUUUUUAUGUGUGUAGUGUAAUCGAUUCGUUUUUCCCAGGUUACAGUAUCUUGAGCUGCUUGUUGGAUAGGCACUUUUAGACUCAGAACAGGGGUUCUGUUACGAACCAAUAGACGCGUUAAUUGUAAAUUAAACUGCUUUAUACUUUGUGUUUUUAUACAACAUACCUUUUUGAUAUCUUCUGUAUUCACUGUGAUUGAAUGGCACAGGGGAUGCUUGUGCUCAGUGUAGUAGACUGUAAGUGAGUUAAUUGUCUUUUUUUUUGUUUGUUUUGUUUUGUUUUGUUUUUCCUAGCAGCUACUUUGCCGUUCAUACUGUACAGUAAGCUUCAAGAGUUGUAACAAACGCUCUCCAGUUUCAUCUCGCUUCGCCAAUCAAAGACAGUAUGAGUGAGAAUGGGCUUUCUUUACUUUCAUGUCUUGUUAAUUGACCGGUUUUGAUGUUGCUUAUUGGGUUUUAAUGUAACGCCUGAUUAUGCUAGUUUGAAUAAAGAUUUUUAAUCCAUC